UUUCUAACGUUAUGGGCAAUUCCGUCGACCAGGGUCAAUUCAUUUAUAUUCUCAGCCCCAAUUCCGUCAUUUCAACAACUCCCGUUGUCCUGUUACUGUUAUCAUUCAGCGCACCCCCUCCUCAGGAAUGGCUUGCAGAGUUGGCAAUGUCUUCUUCCCUUUGCUAAUUUAGCGCUCUCUCUCUCUCUCUCUCUCACUCGCACCACAACAACACACACUGCAGUUCCAAAGAUAAAACUCUCUCUAUUUAUCACUGUUUGGGCAGUUAAGGUGCUGCAAUCCCCUGACCUAAUUGUCUCUCUCUCUCUCUCUCUCAUUCUGUCUCGCUCAUCAUUCCUUCAUUUAAUUCGCCAGCAUUCAUUUCGCAUUUAUUUUCUUUCUGUACCUAGUGUAGUUCAUACUCAUUGAGGGAGAGAGAAAAUUCUCAGAGUCUCUUGAAAUUCUCUCUCUUUCUCUGAGUUUUUGUGACAAAAGCGAUGCCGUUGGUGCGAGUGGAGGUGAGGAAUGAGUACGCACUCGGAGCACCUGACUUGUACAGAGCCGUCGACAAGGAAGAUCCCAAGGAGAUUCUUGACGGAGUCGCCGUAGCUGGCCUCGUCGGAGUUUUGCGGCAGCUUGGGGAUCUCGCGGAAUUUUCUGCAGAAGUUUUUCAUGGCUUGCAGGAAGAAGUCAUGAGAACAUCUUCUAGAAGCCGUAAGUUGAUGGCUCGUGUUCAACGAAUUGAAGCUUCAGUUUCUCCGCUUGAGAAGGCUGUACUGGCACAAAGGAGCCACUUACACUUUGCUUAUACAGCUGGUUCCAACUGGCGCACACGGAUCCGAUGUGAACAAAAUCAUUUUGUGUGCAGUGAUGUGCCUCAAUUUAUCAUGAACUCUUACGAAGACUCUCGUGCUCCUCCACGUUUGCACUUGCUUGAUAGGUUUGACCCCGGUGGCCCUGGAUCUUGCUUGAAAAGAUAUUCAGAUCCAACUUUCUUUAACAGAGCAUCAAUGGCAUCUAUGGCAUCUGGUGAAGCUAAUAAUCAGAAAAUUUCAAAAGAUAAGAAGGGUCGCAAGAUUAAGAAAAGGAGGUCAUGGCCCAGGAGUGGAGAAGUAUCACGAGAUGCAUCAUUGUCUUACAACAGUGGCAGAAUGCGGUUCACUGAAUUGAAUAUUGGUGGGCGAAUGUCUACUUCACAAACAGCAUCAACCUAUGAUGCUACAUUGCAAUCAGAUUCCGGGGAGCAAUCAAAUCGGGACAUGAGAAAUGGGUCAGGCUAUGUUGAACGUGAUUUCCGUCCGAGUUACUCAGUUCAAUCUGAAGAACAAGUCUCUAGAGAAUCCCUUUCUUCUCCAGGAAAGAGGCAUGACAAUGAUUUUCUAGAUUACAAUUUUCUUGAGGAAAAAAGUACAGAGGCAUAUGAUGAUAUUCAGAUCAAUCUAUCACAAGAGCAAGCUGGCCAUAGUUCAUCUUCUGUCACAUGGGAUGAAAAGAGAGAAUCCGUUGCACCUGCGACAAAGGAAUCUGAUAAUGAUGGCAUGAUAGAGGAGGAGGAUGAAAACAGGCAUUUAGAAUUGUUUUCACCAAAUUUGGACCCAGAAAGACUCGUCGAUAAUGCUGUCGAUUUUGGAACUGUUGACAAAAGGGAUCUCCAGACUUGUGAUCAGGCUGUGACAACCCUGGACUCUGGUGAUGUCCAUCUUGAUGAUAUUGAAAGUGAAACCGACCAUUUUAUGGAUGCACUUAAUACGAUUGAGUCUGAAUGUGAAACUGAUUUAGAUUGCAGAAAAAAUCAAGAAGUAGAGCACUAUUCUAAAUUGGAGGACAAAGGAGUAGAUGAUGGAUUAUGUGAGCUCAUAAGACCUAAUUUAGAAUACCAGUCUUCAACUUCUGAAUCUAAUGUUUUGGCCAAUAGUUCUCUGAUCAAUGGUGGUUGCGGACAUAAUCUCAUUUCAGUGUCUUCGAAAUCUCCUUAUGCGACUAGCUGUUCUAUUGAUGGAGUAGCAGCCAAGGAUGAAGUUAACUCCAUAUCCCCACUGGACAAGGCUUUACAAUCAUCUCAAAGGACUGAAGAAUCGUCGACUCCAGCCAGUCCGCACAGUGUUGAUUCUCAUGAGAGUGGUAAAAUAGAAAAGGAUGACUUUCAUUUCGUCUACUCAUUGGGCAAGCCUUUACAAUCAUCUCAAAGGACUGAAGAGUCGGUCACUCCAGGGAGUCUGCACAGUGUUGAUUCUCGUGAGAUUGCUAAAAUAGAAAAGGAUGAAUUUCUCUCCACGUACCCAUUGGGCAAGCCUUUAAAAUCAUCUGAAAGGACUGAAGACUCGUUAGCUCCAUGCAGUCAACACAGUGUUGAUUCUCUUGAGAAUCAUAACAUUUAUGCUGCCAAUAAUGUACAAUCUGUUUCAUGCACUAUAUCAUCUAACUUCAGAGAUGACAGACAAGGGGUGCCAAGUACUGAUUCUCAGAAACAUGCACCAGAAAUCUCUAAUGAGACUUCAGUUGCAUUCUGGACUAAUGGGAGCUUACUAGGACUCCAGCCGUCAAAACCACCAGAUUGCAGUGUAUUGAAUGCUAUUCCUCAAAAUCCCAUUUACAGGAAAGAUGGAAGCAGUUCGUCAAUUCAGCAUCUAAUUCAUAGUGAUAAAGAUGCAGGGAAACCAGAUCAAACGGAGAGCUUAAAAAAUAUGGAAGAAGACCCUGAUAUGGAUGGUUCAACAUGCCAUGAAUACGAAGAAAGUGUCUCAACAUUUAGGAAGCCAUCUUGGAAAAUUUCACUUGCUGAUUUAGACAUCAAACUUGGAAAAUUAGGCAAUUCGCUUUAUCAAAAUAAUGCCAGUUCUGCUAGAUCAAGCAUAACGGCAUCUGGAAAUCUUCCGCCUGCCAAUCCAGCAUCACGACCUGCCUUAGAGCAUCAAGGGAAUAGCAGUUCAUCUCGGAUGUUCGAACUUAGCAAUAAAUUACUUUCAACUGGAUCAAACAAAAAACUAUUGCCUGGUGGGGAUUCAAACUCCUACCCUGGUGGCUAUCAAAAUGCUAAUGCUUUUGAGCAGAAAAACUGUCAAAGUGUUGGAUAUCGAACAUUUUCUGGACGAAGUAAAGAUCUCUUUGGUGCUGAAUCUCCUAGAAUUUCACCUGCUUCAUCGCCUCCACUUGGGCACAUGAAAAUAUCUUUCGAACCAAUAGAUGGCUUUGAGACUUCCAAGCUGAAACUGAAAUUCCCCAAUGGAAAUACCAAUAGCGAAAGCAGCAGUGAUAUCUUUCCUUCAUUUCAGUUGAUCCCAGAGGUUUCCAUUGCUCGCCACAAUGUUGGUUCAGAUUCAGACACUGACACAUUCUAUAGAUCAUCACCUUCUUUAUCAGAUGAUUGCCAUAGCUAUCAGUCUGAAUCGAAUUCGGAGCAGUGGGAGGCAAACGAAGCUCCCACUAGCAAGGACCGUGAUUUAUAUGAUGCCCUACGCAGAAUCUCUUUGACAGAAUCUGUUUCAACAGUUCCUGACAAUGGGAGGACAACCCAUGAAGGCAUUCAUGAAAAUUGUGGACUUCAACUUCCUUUUGUUGAAAAUGGUGUGCAAAAGUCCGAAUCUUGUCGGUCGUUUGAUCUUCAAAGUUUAGACACCAUAAAUCACUCGCUCAGAAAGGAAUUAAGAAAUGGUACCAAUGCAAAGGAUAUUGUGCAACCACGACUUGUGCCUACUCCUGCUCCUCCACCUCUUCCUCCUGUUCAGUGGCGUGGUAUGAUUCCCCGUCUGGAUGGGUUAGAUGACCAGUGUGACACGAUGCCUGAGGGCUCUUAUUAUGCAUUUGAUCUUAUGCACUCAGCAUCUACCAUUUCCCAGCCUAAACCAGCCCCAUUUAGUGAAGAUCAAAUUGAUAGCACAAAUAUGCAGAAAACUAAGCAGUGCAGCUCACGGAAAUCAAAUGGACAAAGAGAAACUAAUCAGGGCAAGACCAUAGAUGAAAAGGAGGACUUUCUACACCAAAUUAGAACAAAAUCAUUCAAUCUGAGGCCAAUUGCAACAGCAAAACCAACUGUACCAUCAGGGGCCUCUGCCAAUGUCCAAGUCACAGCAAUUCUAGAGAAGGCAAAUGCAAUUCGGCAGGCUGUUAGCAGUGAUGCAGAAGAUGAUGAGAACUGGAGUGACACUUAAAGGAUAACCAGUGAUGAGGGCACCGGUGCACUGAAAACCAGAUAGGUCCAAUGCCGGGGAAUUUUGAUUUCCAAAUUAGAUGACACUGUGGUAAAUAUAUGUGAAUAAACCCUAUUCCCUUUGUGUAAUUAGUGCCCUAGGUCCUUUUGUAUCAUAACGGUGUUGUUCCCCGUUAGUUCAGAUAUGUAGUGAGAAUUAGGUGAAAGGAUCUUAGCCAGCUAACUAACAUGCGAUGGUUGAAUGUAAAUGCUACUUUUCGUGGCGAACUCUUUGCUUGCACUUGGUUCUCUGUCCAAAUCAUUAACUCUCUCUAGAACCCAACUUUUGCAUAAAUCGACAGAGAUGAUUCGCUUUUAUGGGAGGAGCAUAGUGUGUCGCACUAACACAGGGCAGGCAGGGUAUUUACAAAACUUCAUUAUUUGGAUGUCUUGCUGUUGGAAGAAUUUUGGUGCGUCAAAUUGACUUGGUAACUUAAUUGCUGAUGACAUUUGUAAUUGUGCAAGAAGUGGAGGGAU